AUGAGGUGGCCAUAUUUGAAAGAAGUUGCUGGGCCAAGAGCGGAGACCUUGUACAUAUUGGACUUUCCAUCUGGAGGAAGCAUGUUCAAUCAGCCUCUACAACCAAGCCUAAGGCAGUUUUCAUAUCCGUGCUCAUUUGGAUAUGCACUUUUUAAUAACAGUGGCAGCUCGAUGCCGGGUUUGCACAUUGACCUCUCUUUUGCUGACUUUAGCCAGCUUCAAAAUCCACCUCGGUAG